UUACUGACACUGAGUACCAAUAUGGCGCACACAAAUUACGAAGCGAAAGAAAAGAAAUGUUGUAAAUAAAUCAAACUUCCUUGAAUUGUAAUUCUCUAAACUACCUUACGUUUACAUAAUUAAGACAAAGUUUAGUUAUUAAAUAAUAAUGUACUGUUAAUUUACAUAGAGAAAUGGAGUUUGAUGAUGUUAUUGUAAAGGAGAAUCCGGGACUAUGCCGGUGUUGUCUUUCAGAAGGAUGCUACAAGGAAUUAGCUACUGAAUACCUUUGGAUGGGAGAAAAUGAGGUCUAUGCCGAUAUGUUGUUGGAAUGUUUUGAUAUAAGCAUAUCACAAAACAAUGAAGGUCCAAAUGGUACAAAUAGGCUUAUAUGUGAAGUUUGUAUCACUCGGCUCAGAGAUGCUUGCAAUUUUAAGAAACAGGUACUUGAAUGUGAGAAAAAAUUUGUGGAUAUGGUGGGACGAGGUGACUUUAAGCAAAGAGUUGACAUAUUGUUUGAAGACAAUCUUAAAUUGGAACAAAAUACAGAAGAACAGUUGCAAGAUACAGGAAACUUUGACUUCUUAGAAGAACCAAUGGCAUUUGAUGAUGAGAUUAAUGAUGAUGUCACAGCCGAACCAUUACCAGUUAAAGGAAAACGUGGGAGACCCAAAAAGUCGAUUAAAUCAGUGAAAAAGAAAGAAGAAAAACCCAAGGCAUCCAAAGCUAAAGAUAAACAUAAAUACAGCGGCCUCCCAACCUCGAUGCGCAUACGACGAAAUCUAGUCACCCUAUUCAAUAAAACAACAAUAAUUCCAUUUAAGUUUCGCGGAAAAUACCUUUGCUUCUUUUGUAGCAAGUAUGUUGAGGAAUUCUCCGAACUCAGACGACAUACGAAGGCACAUGGUGAAUGUUCCAUACGAACACAUUCCUUAAAAGCUAUAAGAGGUGUUAGUAACGUGGAGAUAAAGAUAGAUGUCUCUGAAAUCAGUUGUGAGAUUUGUAAAGAGGUUUUUCCCAGGAUAAGUGAGGUUAUCCAACAUUUAGUGCUGAAGCAUAGUAUGGAGUAUGAUCAGGAUAUUGAGAUGCCCUUUGAGGAGUAUCGGCUCAAAGAUCUUGCCUGUCUCAACUGUGAGGCGAAAUUCACGUUCUUCGGCUAUUUAGUCUCUCAUGUGAACAGUAACCAUCCCAAAAAUAGCUUCACAUGCGAUACCUGCGAACAGAAAUUCAAUAAGAAGCGGGAUUUGUUCUCGCACACGAAGAAUUAUCAUCGGGAAGGUGGUUUUGUGUGCGAUGCGUGCGAUUUGACGUUCGCCUCGUUGAAUAUAUUGAAUAAACAUAAGAUUAAUCGCCAUAUGUCGCGGUGUAAUAUAUGUUUUUUGAAACUACCCUCGGCCGUGUUGAAACGGAAACACAUGAAGACCGAGCACCCGGAUGACGGUUCGCUGAAAUGCAAAUUGUGUUUCAAACAGUUUCACACGGACAUCGGUUUGAAAAUGCAUUCCAGGAAUUGUAGGAAUGCCGAAGUUGUCUUUGAUGACAAUGAUGGUGACAUUAUGGAUUCCGAUGUCAAGUAUGACGCACCUAAACGUACUAGCGUAAAACAACUUCGGGAGAAUAUCUCUAUAGUGAUAACCAUGUCCACGGCGAUACCGUUCAACUUCUUCCAGAAUAAAUUCAAUUGUUUCUUCUGUUCCAAAGACUUUCAGGACCCGGAUUCCCUAAGGGAACACACGCUAAUUACGCAUCAGAUAUGCGACGUACGUAAUAGUAUACGCAAAUGUCGCGAAUCGGAAUCCUCGGUCAAAAUAGAUAUAGCCAAUCUGGCUUGUAAGUUGUGCCUUGAGACGUUUAGCGAUUUGGACGUGUUACUAAACCACUUGAUAUCGAAACACGAAGCCAAUUAUGAUAAAACAAUUAAAACCUGCCUCCAACCGUACCAUUUGGUCAAGGAUCAGAUGAAGUGUCCCCUCUGUGAUGAGGUUUUUAGAUUCUUUGGAACACUGUUGAAGCACAUGAACACGAUACAUACGGAUAAUAGAAAUAUUUGCGUUCACUGUGGACAGUCGUUUCGUAGGGAACAGAAUCUUCGUGUGCAUCUGUGGCGGCGGCAUAGUGAUGGAAAGUUCAAUUGUAGUGUUUGUGGUCUGGAUUGUGAUAUACCGUCGAGGCUGUUCAUGCACAUGGCCAGGCAGCAUGGCGUGAAGGCGGCCAAGUGCCCCAAGUGCCCCGAGACGUUUGAGACGCAGUACUCGAGGCAGAAACAUCUGAUAGCGGCCCAUGAUUUGGGGCACAAAUGCACGUAUUGCGGCAAAUUGUUUACGAGGGAGUCGUUUAUGAGGGAUCAUGUUGGGCGGACGCAUUUGAAGGAGAGAAAUGUGGUGUGCACGAUUUGUGACGCGAAGUUUUUUAAUAAUAUCCUGUUGAGGCGACAUCUGGUGAAGCACAGUGGCGUGAAGAACUUUCAUUGCGAUGUAUGUGGGGAUAGGUUUUAUUGGAAGAAGAGUUUGAGUACGCAUAUGGCGAAGCAUAAGAGAAAUGAUGUGUUGCACCAUUAGGUGGAAAGAGUUUUAAAAAUGAUUUUUAUAUAAAAAUUGGAAUUAGUUGGGAAUUUAACAAUUUAUUUAUUUGGAAACAAAACAGAAACAUCUUUACAAUAAAAAUA